UUAUGUAUUGAAUUCAUUUGAAUAAAACGCCUCCCCAUAUUUACCAGCCCUACAGGAAGCUGGAGAAAAACAGCCGUGGUGCUUUUAUUCUGAAGAGCCAACCGGAAGCGGCUCUGGUUUCUUGCCGGUUCGUUCAGCGGCGCGUUGUCGCCACUCACCGCGGAUCGAGCACCGCGAGCCCGCAGCGGAGCGGCUGCUGCCGGACUGUUCACCUGGUCGCUCGGCUUUUCUCGGAAACACUCGAGUUCGUUUGAAGAACUCGUAAAAAUCCGGUUCGGAUCCAGAAACCCGGAAGAGCUUGCGGCCAUGGAGGGCGACUGCCUGAGCUGCAUCAAAUAUCUCAUGUUCGUCUUCAACUUCUUCAUCUUCCUGGGCGGCUCCAUCCUGCUGGCCGUGGGCGUCUGGGUGUCGGUCGACCCGCUGGGCUUCAGGGAGGCCGUGGCGGUGAGCCCCCUGCUGGUCACCGGCGUCUCCGUGGUUCUGGUUCUGGGCGCGCUGCUGUUCCUGCUGGGCUUCCUGGGAUGCUGCGGCGCCGUCCGAGAGAACCGCUGUCUGCUGCUGCUGUUCUUCAUGCUCAUCCUCUUCAUCUUCCUGGGGGAGCUGGCGGCGGCCAUCUUGGCCUUCCUCUUUAGGGAGAACUUAACCAGAGAAUACUUCAGCCGGGAACUGAAACGCCACUACCAGGGCCAGAACAACAGCGACGUCUUUACGUCCACCUGGAACGUCAUCAUGACCACGCUGGACUGCUGCGGCGCCAGCGGCCCCGAUGACUUCCAGCAGAGCCUGUUCCGGCUGCUCCACCCCAACCAGCUGCUUCCUGAGGCCUGUUGCCAGGGUGACGGCCACCUGAGCGAAGGCGGCGUAGAGCAGUGCGUCAGCGGCGGCGUGGCGUUCCGGCACAGCAAGGGCUGCUACUCGGCCUUGGUGGAAUACUUUGAGACGUACAUCUACGCUGCAGGAGCGCUGACCAUCGGCGUGCUGACCAUCGAACUCUUUGCCAUGGGCUUCGCCUUGUGUCUGUUCAGAGGCAUCCAGUAGACUCUUCAUCCUCUUCCUCCUCUUCAUCCUCUUCCUCCUCCUCCUCUUCCUGCUCUGAAUGUUUUUCUGCUUUUGGUCUCAAUGUUGUCUAAAUGAGUUUGAUUCAGUUCGGGUUUGAAGGCAAACAGCAAUAAUUUGGUUUUUUAAUCUGUCAUGAAACAAAACAGUGAGAAUCUUUUUCCAAAGUCAUAAUUUCACCAUAUUUUAAUUUAUUCAUAAAGUUACAGUUUAAAACUAAAUAUUUAGUUUGAGGCUUACUUCUAACUGAUCGCUUAGCUUUCUAACUAAAUAUUUAUUUUGAAACUGUGACACCUAUAUUUAUUUAGCAAGCAACAUGUUUAGUUUACAAGCUAAAUAUUUACAUUUAGUUUGAAACUAAACUGAACUUUUAGCUUUAAUCUGAAUGUUGCCAUUGGAACUUAAUAUUUAGCUCAAAACUAAAUAAUUAGCAUGAAACUGAAACAUUCAUAAAGUAUUGAACAACAUGGUGAAAAUAAGAAAUAAACUUCCAUUUUUUCUCCAUCCAUCCAUUUUCUGUUCACCCUAAUGGGCUCAGGAGGGUUGCUGGUUCCUCUCCAGCUACGUUCCAGGCGAGAGGCGGGGUCACAGGGUCACCUGGACAGGUCACCAGUCUGUCACAGGGCAACACAGAGACACACAAGACACACAAGACAAACAACCUUUCACACACACACUCAAACCUGACAGUCAUGUUUCUGGACUGUGGGAGGAACCCGGAGAACCCGGAGAGAACCCACCAUGCACAGGGAGAACAUGCAAACUCCAUGCAGAAAGACCCCGGGCCGGGAAUCGAACCCAGGACCUUCUUGCUGCAAGGCAACAGCUCUACCCACUGCACCACUGUGCAGCCCCCCAUUUUUUCCUCUGAUGACCUAAAUUAUUGCUGUUGGUUUUUGGAUGUGUAACUUUACAAACUGUAUCAUGUAUGUAUUAAUAUCUCAGAGAAGAGAAACAUAUUUAUCAGAGUUUUGACUGAAAUCCGUCAUAAACUCAUAGUUUCAGGUUUUGAUUCAGUUUCUGCGCAUCCCUCGGGUGGGAAGCAGCGCCCCUAGUGGCGGGAGGCAGAUUGUCUCUUUGUUUCUACCAGUUUGUAAAUAAAUGAUCGUGUUGCUUUGAGUAAACAAGUGAUUCAUGUUUGAGUUAUUGAUCUGUGAUCAGAUGAUUUCCUCUGUAAUGUUUCAGUGAUUAAUGUUCAAUAAAUUCAUUUUUCUGCUUUUAUGAAA